ACCCCAAAUCGAAAUACUUGAAAAACACAAAAAACCUGGAAAAUUCCACACAAACGCCCUCGGCCCUUAAUAAGGACCAUCUUUUACCUCCCAUACCUCGCUCUGUUUCCUCGUAAAAGCGUUUCGUAGAGAGUUCCAGAAGAAACUCCUGAAGAAGCCUCGCUUUGAUUUUAUUUUUUUUUUAUUUCGUUUAAAUCAUUCGGUCGUGAUCUCAGAGUCGCAUUCAAUCGCUCUGCAGAUUGCCUUUCUAAAUCUUGCUGAUAUAAACAGAUAAAUUUAAAGUUUAGCGAGGAUGAGCGUUGUUGGUUUUGAUUUUGGCAAUGAGAGUUGCAUUGUGGCCGUUGCAAGGCAAAGGGGGAUUGAUGUCGUGCUCAAUGAUGAGUCUAAGCGUGAGACCCCUGCCAUUGUAUGCUUUGGUGACAAACAGCGGUUUGUUGGUACCGCAGGCGCUGCUUCAACUAUGAUGAACCCAAAGAAUUCUAUAUCUCAGAUUAAGAGGCUAAUUGGCCGGCAAUUUUCUGAUCCUGAGUUGCAAAGGGAUAUCAAAUCGUUGCCUUUUGCUGUUACCGAAGGACCUGAUGGUUAUCCUUUGAUUCAUGCUCGAUAUUUGGGAGAAUCAAAGACAUUCACACCAACCCAGGUUCUGGGAAUGGUGUUGUCAAAUCUGAAAGGCAUAGCUGAAAAGAAUUUGAAUGCGGCUGUUGUUGAUUGCUGCAUUGGUAUUCCAGUUUAUUUCACUGACUUACAAAGAAGGGCUGUCUUGGAUGCGGCCACAAUUGCAGGCUUGCAUCCCCUUCGCUUGAUUCAUGAAACUACAGCAACAGCCUUGGCUUACGGUAUCUAUAAGACAGAUUUACCAGAGAAUGACCAAUUGAAUGUUGCCUUUGUGGAUGUUGGACAUGCAAGCAUGCAAGUUUGUAUUGCUGGAUUUAAAAAGGGUCAGCUGAAAAUAUUAUCUCAUGCAUUUGAUCGUUCUUUGGGUGGUAGAGAUUUUGAUGAAGUACUUUUCCAGCAUUUUGCGGUAAAAUUUAAGGAUGAAUAUAAGAUUGAUGUAUUCCAAAAUCCAAGGGCUUGCCUAAGGCUUCGAGCUGCUUGUGAAAAGCUGAAAAAGAUGCUUAGUGCAAAUCCUGAGGCACCUCUAAAUAUUGAGUGCUUAAUGGAUGAGAAAGAUGUUAGGGGGUUCAUCAAGCGGGAGGAAUUUGAGCAAAUUAGUGUUCCUAUUCUGGAACGUGUGAAGAGACCUUUGGAACAGGCUCUUGUAGAUGCAGGCCUCACAGUUGAGAAUAUUCAUACCGUUGAGGUGGUUGGUUCUGGUUCUCGUGUUCCUGCCAUAAUUAAGAUAUUGACCGAGUUCUUCAAGAAGGAGCCUAGGCGCACAAUGAAUGCAAGUGAAUGUGUUGCCAGAGGUUGUGCCUUGGAAUGUGCAAUUCUUAGUCCAACAUUUAAAGUGCGAGAGUUUCAGGUAAAUGAGAGCUUCCCAUUCUCAAUUGCUUUGUCAUGGAAAGGUGCUGCUCCUGAUGCCCAGAAUGGAGCAACUGAUAACCAGCAAAGCACUGUUGUCUUCCCUAAGGGAAAUCCUAUACCAAGCGCUAAGGCUCUUACAUUUUACCGAGCUGGCACAUUCUCAGUUGACGUACAGUAUGCUGAUGUCAGUGAGCUGCAGGCACCUGCCAAGAUCAGUACAUAUACAAUUGGUCCUUUUCAAUCUACAAAAAGUGAACGAUCAAAACUAAAGGUCAAAGUUCGCCUGAACCUGCAUGGGAUUGUCUCUGUGGAAUCAGCAACACUUUUGGAAGAGGAAGAAGUUGAAGUCCCAGUAUCAAAAGAGCCACCAAGGGAACCUACUAAGAUGGAAACUGAUGAAACUCCCAAUGAUGCUAUUCCCCCAAGCUCCAGUGAAUCUGAUGUGAAUAUGCAAGAGGCCAAGGGAACGACUGAUGCUCCAGGAGCAGAAAAUGGAGUUCCAGAGUCAGGAGACAAGCCUGUUCGGGUGGAAACGGAUAACAAGGCUGAGGUGCCAAAGAAAAAGGUAAAGAAAACAAAUAUUCCAGUAGCUGAGUUGGUAUAUGGAGGAAUGAAUCCAGCAGAUGUACAAAAAGCAGUAGAAAAGGAGUUUGAAAUGGCACUACAAGAUCGUGUAAUGGAAGAAACAAAGGACCGGAAAAAUGCUGUUGAGGCAUACGUUUAUGAUAUGAGAAACAAGCUCAGUGACAAGUAUAAUGAAUAUGUCACUGCUUCAGAGAGGGAAGACUUUAUUGCUAAACUUCAGGAGGUAGAAGAUUGGUUGUAUGAAGAUGGUGAGGAUGAAACUAAAGGUGUUUAUGUUGCCAAGCUUGAGGAACUCAAGAAGCAAGGAGACCCAAUUGAAGAGCGAUACAAGGAGAGCACAGAGAGGGGAACUGUGGUUGAUCAGCUUGUUUAUUGUAUUAAUAGUUACAGAGAAGCUGCAAUGUCAAACGAUCCAAAGUUUGAUCACAUUGAUGUUUCGGAGAAACAGAAGGUCUUGAAUGAAUGUGUUGAAGCAGAGGCCUGGUUGAGAGAGAAAAAGCAGCAGCAGGAUUCACUUCCCAAAUACGCUGCCCCUGCCCUAUUGUCAGCUGAUGUGAGAAAGAAGGCCGAAGCAGUUGACAGGUUGUGUAGGCCUAUAAUGACGAAACCUAAACCAGCACCACCAAAGCCGGCUACUCCAGAAACACCUCCAACCCCACCUCCUCAAAGCGGUGAGCAGCAAACUCAGACUGGGGAAGCUAAUGCUAAUGCAGGCACCGAUAAUGCAGCAGCAGCUGGACCCGGUGAAGUACCCCCAGCUUCUGCAGAGCCAAUGGAAACUGACAAGUCAGAAGGUGCUCCAAGCAACCCAUAAUUCUGUAGAGUAGCUUGCCUUUUUAUGAUUUAUGCAAGGCAAUGAUUUAGUUCCAGUGUAAAAGAGAAACUUUACAAUUUGAGUUUGAGACAAGUCUUUUAGCGGGUUGGCAGCUGGAGUCUUGUGGAUGUUUUAAGGACUUUUUUAGUCUGGGAAAGCCUAUUUUAAGUUUGGUUGUCGGCCAGUUUUUACGAUUAUUUAAAUGGUCUCUAGAAUCCGGAUUUUUUUAGGAAGGUUUUAAGAGAAUGUCACCGUUGAAUCCCCUUCUUUAUGUUCUUUUGUUUGGGGAUAAAGACGAUGAAAUUUGUUAUUUUUAAAGUGUUCAUUUACAUCAGUGUGUCAUCCUUCAUCGGUUAUAAUCUUGUUCAUGGAAUUUACUUUCUGAAGUUGUGAAGAUUGGAAGAUUUCCUCA